CUGCUACUAACUUUUCCUAGCGUGCUACUUUCUUCGCUCCGUGCACGACGCGUCAAAGUUUUUUCUUGGGCUUGAAAUCCACCAACCGCGCAGACAGGGGCUACUUGGUUCGAUUUGUUGUAAAUAAUUUCUUUUGGCUAAUUAGCGAGUCGCUCUUCUCUUAUGAGCCAGCAAACGCCGCUACGGACCCAGCAAAAAAAUUUCUACCAGCGGCUUGAAGGGCAGCGCAAUUCGCCGACAGAGAAGAAAAAGGCCGGGGAGCAAACACGAGUGCAGGUUCCUUUCUUUGCCAACUCGACCUCCGUUAAUAUCGCCACAGCGUUCGCGCGCGCACACAUUACUUCGGACACAAUUAAGCAGCGGCCGAAGCAUUUGCAGGGCAUGCCAAUGUCACCUUCACAGAUUCCGCGCAUGAGCUUCGACGACCCACACUUUGAGAAGCUGCCGCCUGCAGGUAUGCACGCGCGUGCCAGUGUGCGGCCCCUGUCGGCUGCGGGCGCACCAAAUUACAGCCGAUUCGAGGACCAGGAGAAUUUCUUGCGACCGCCGGGCAACUCAACGCUCGGUAGGAUAGGACAGCAGCCGGCGUGGUUAAGGCGUGCCAAAGACCGGACAGGACUCACGCCGUUUGGCGAAUCGCCGUCGCUGCCGCCCGGCAAACCCGACAUGGCCAGCUUCAACGAGACGCGUAUGACCAGCGAGUUUGGAAACAGCUUUCUGGACGGCCGCAACACGUACGGCGGCGGGCAUGGGGCCAGGUUCGACGAGUCAUUCUUUGACGAAGGCAUACUUGGAAACAAUGACCCGAUCAGGCCUACGUAUGGCGGCGGACCGAGCAAACUGCGGUCCAUUAGCAUCAGUGAUGAUGAUAUUGGCAAGGGUGGCGGCCACAGGGCUGGCGGAGGUGCGUUUGGCCGGAGUGGCAACAUUGGCUAUUCGUAUAAUCCGACUGGACGAUCCUCGGCGACCUACGGAGGGAUCGGUGAUGACGAGGGAAUCAUGGACACUGGCCGCACCAGCUACACAAACGUCAAUGACCCCUACAACUACAGCGGCAGCACGUACGGCGGCGACCGGUUCCACCCAUCGGCCGUUGGCAACGAAAGCACUAACCGCGCUGCUGGCACGGCGUCUCGGCUCUCGAUGCGCACACGGUACACAACGCCUGGCGGUGGCGCGUAUGACCCGGAUCUCGACUUUGGCACAGCGCAUACCGGACAGCGUGCUGCUAGCAACUACGGCGAGGGCACACGCAGCUACGGCCCUACACCAUUCACAGCACGUAUUAACGGCCCGGGUGCGUUUCCACCUACAGCAAAGCGAUUCUCGCAGCAGCGCAAUAGCAACAACACAAAUGUGGGCGAUGGCCCAGCAGUAUCGCCGACCAACCCGCGGCCGAAACUCAAUGCUGCCCGCAAUAAUCGCACAGCCAGCGAUCUGCUAGCAGCUCACCAGUAUCUGGGCGUUGGCAAAAAAGCACAGCGUGGGUGGGACGGCUACCUGCAGCGAGAUGACCAACGCACGGUGCGUACGUUCAGCGAUAGCUUUGUCAGCAAUUCGUCCAAUGACUUGCACAACCUGGGCAGCAACGGAAUUAACCACGACAACCCAACGCUGCUGAAGCGGCUGUUCCGCAACAUCCUGGCCAGCUGGGGUGGGUCGACAGGGACUACGACCGAGCGCGUGUCGUUUGCCUUCUUUAUAGUCUACUAUCUGAUCAAGGAGACGGUGAUACUGAUCGUGUCGUUUGCCACCAAGCUGCUAUUCAGGAUCAUCAUCGGCACGAUCUACAGCGGCACGCGCGAAGCCAUCUUGCUGCCGCUGUCGCUGUGGCGGCUGAUUGCCCCAGGCGAGUACCGCGAUUCAGCGCGCACCAUGACCGGGAUCCUGACAGGCCUUGCUAUGGUUGCGUUUUCUAUCAUUGCUAGUCAGUACGCCCAGCCGUUGCUCUCCAGCCUUCCGUCGCUACCACAUAUGCUGUCCCCUGGCCGUCUAUUUGGCGGAAUGCGUUCACCUACGCCUAGCAAGCGCCCGAUCACAAUGCCGCCGCUGACAGACAGCAGGCCUGUGGAUCCCAACGGACACAGUUCGGCCAUUACCGAGCGGCUGGCAGAUGUGGAGCAGACACUGAGGCACCUGUACAGUUUGCUGGAUACGCUGAAGACCCAUCGCGAAGAAGAGCAGCAGGAUGUGUUUGACUCGUUGGAGAAGCUCGAGCGCGAGAAGCAGCAGCUGAUGUCUGAGCACCAGGACGAGAAGAAGCGGAUUGCAGACCUGGAGAGGAGCUAUGCUUCGCUGAAGCACGACAUGCAGUCUCAGACAUCCAAGGCCGCAGGCGGCAGCGGUGUCUCUGCCAAGGAAAUGCAGAGCAUCAAGCGCCAGGUGGAAAGGCUCGCGCGGGAUAUUGCCAGUGCGCAGGCCGAGGCGCUGGACAAUGUCUCUGCAUCGGCGCAGAAGCUGGUCGAGCAGGCAAAGAGGGCGCUUGAGGAUAAAAUUUCCAAACUGCAGGGCGGCCGCAGGGUCGUGAGUAGCGGCGGCGGCGGCAGCGUGAGCCUGCGUGAAGUGCGUGAGCUGGUUGAUGCUGCUAUCCGCGAGCAGGAGAAGGAGCUGCGGGAGCUGCUCAAGCCCGAAUGGCUCGAGACCGAUGGCGACGUAGCGUACGACAAUGUGGCUCGCAUGAUUGAAGGCGCGCUGAACCGGUACGCCAACGACCGUGUGGGCAAGACGGACUUUGCGCUGUUCUCGGCUGGAUCGCGCAUCAUUCCUAGCCUGACAUCGCAGACGUACGAGGCAACGCCACGCGGGCUGUUCCAGAAGGCGCUGCGUGCAAUCGGCAUGACGUCGUCGCAGCCGCCCACGGCUAUAAUCGAUCCGAACACGCAUGUGGGCGAGUGCUGGCCGAUGCGCGGACCGUCGGGCCAGGUGGCCCUGCACCUGGGCCAGGUUGUGGAUGUGGCCGAAUUUGGGCUGGAGCAUGUGGCCAAGAGCGUGGCCAUUGACUGGCGCAGCGCCCCGCGCAGCAUUGAGAUUUGGGGCUACGUGCUUGGCCAGGCUGCGCCGGCUGCAGCCUCCGACAACUCGGCGUUCGACAUUUACCCGGAAGAUUUUGCCGACGACAGUGAUGAGCCGGCCGAUGAUGGCGCUGCCGCCCCGCAUUCCACAGCUGCAGCCGAGUUCAGUGGCAUGCCAAUACCGCCGCUGGCCGACAGCAGCUCCGACUAUGGCAUCGGCGAACUCAAACUGCUGACCACCUACGAAUACGAGCCGUCGGAUGACCGCCCGAUGCAGGUCAUUCCGGUGGACGGGCCGGUCCGAGUGCGCACGCUGGUGCUCAAGGUCAACUCGAACUGGGGCCACCCCGACCACACCUGUGUAUACCGCCUUCCGCCCCAGCCAGCUAACUAGUUGUUGCCAACUUUUCAAAAUAUAUAUUCCUUU